GUGUCAACAGGAACUUGUAAUAUUUCAUUCAAGAAAAUGGCAGCGGCUAUGGACGUUGACGAUUCAGAACUGGGGGAAGGAUCAGGAAAUGGCGUCGAUAAGUCAGGAAAGAAACGCUUCGAAGUAAAAAAGUGGAGUGCUGUAGCAUUGUGGGCAUGGGAUAUUGUUGUGGAUAACUGUGCUAUUUGCCGAAAUCACAUCAUGGACCUGUGUAUAGAAUGUCAGGCCAACCAGGCCUCUGCCACUAGUGAGGAGUGCACUGUAGCCUGGGGGGUCUGUAAUCAUGCAUUUCAUUUCCACUGCAUUUCUCGAUGGCUAAAAACCAGACAGGUGUGUCCACUGGACAAUAGGGAAUGGGAAUUUCAGAAGUAUGGACAUUGAUCGAACAAGGAAGAAUGGAUCAGAAGCCAAUUUCUCUAUUGUUUGUAGUUAUUCCAAAACAAAUUAUUGUAUUGUGUUGCUGAAUUUCGCUAUUGUUCAUGUAUUUCACCACAUCCAACUUGUCAGUUAAACUUGAUGAAAAAGUACUCAAUAAAUGUGACAAUGUCA